AAAAGGACGGCGGCAAAAAAAAAAAAACCAAACCAACAAAACAAAACAAAACAAAAAACCCAAAGCAACAAAACAAAACAAAGCAAAACAAAACCAAACAACAACAAAACAACCCACCCCCCAAAAAAAAAAAACCAGGGGGAAUCUCUCUCUCUCUCUCCUCUUUCCGAUGAGUUCUUAUUUUGUCAACUCGACCUUCCCGGUGAGCCUGGCGGCGGGGCAGGAGCCCUUCCUGGGCCAGCUCCCGCUCUACCCCUCGGGCUACGCGGAUCCUCUGAGGCACUACCCCAGCACCUACGGAGCCACGGGCGCGCAGGAGAAGGGCUACACCUCCUCUCCUUACUACCAGCAGAGCAACGCAGCCUUCGGCAGCCGCGCCUCGGGCUGUGACUACGGGCCCGGCGGCUUUUUCAGGGAGAAAGAGGCGGCUCCGUGCGGCCCCGGCAGCCUGGACGAGGUUCCCUUCGCCCCCGAGCCGCGCAAGGCGGAGUGCGCGCAGAGCAAAAGUGUGUUCGGAGAGAGCGAGGAGCAAAAGUGUUCCGCGCCGGUUUACCCCUGGAUGCAGCGGAUGAACUCUUGCAAUACUUCAUCCUUCGGUCCCAGCGGCCGCCGGGGCCGCCAGACCUACACCCGGUACCAAACCCUGGAGCUGGAGAAGGAAUUUCACUUUAACCGGUACCUGACCCGCCGCCGCCGCAUCGAAAUCGCGCACUCGCUGUGCCUGAGCGAGCGCCAGAUCAAAAUCUGGUUCCAAAACCGCCGCAUGAAGUGGAAAAAGGAGAAUAAACUGCUCAACUCCGCGCAGCUCAGCGCAGAGGAAGAGGAGGAGAAAGCGGCCGAGUGAAAAGCGGCGGGGGAUGGAUAAAUUCGGAUUUUCAGGCUGGCGAAUAUUCCUAAGUUCAAGUGUUUCGGAAUUGUGAUGUUUCCUUAAAUUCGGAAGUUCGGGAUUUCAAGAGUUCAGAAGUUCAAAAAUUCUAAAGUUCUGAAGUUUGGAUGUUUCAAAAUUCCUAAAUUCAAAAGUUCAGGGGAUUCAAAAAUUCAAAUAUUCAAAAGUUCAGAAAUUCAAAAAUUCAAAUAUUCAAAAGUUCAAAAGUUCAAAAGUUCAGGAAUUCAAAUAUU